GGAUUAGUGCCGUUUAUUCGCGUUGGCUCUAUUACGGCAUUAUGCUCCCCUCCCACGGCGCACCAACAAGGCCCAGCAGCACCAUAUACAACAACAACAACGACGCAGGGGAAUAUAUAUCUGUAUUGAGCGGAGCCCUUUCACUUUCAUUGUCGCUGCCGAAUAUCUCCUGCUUCUUGGGCCAUCGCCGCUGAUCGCGGACAUAUUAUGCUUUCCCGACUUUAAAUCUUCAACAAACCAUUACAAUUCUGCAAUAUGCCACCUCGAGGACUUGCAAAAGCUCGCGACUUCGACUACUCCAAUGUGGGUAAGGCUGGAAGGCGCACGGGCAUUACCUUAAAGGAAGGGAAACUCGAUGAACAUGGCAUGGAAGAGAUUGAGGGGAUGUUCUCAUCGCCGGAGAAAUCCCCAGUUAGGACUAAUGGCCAUGGCUACGGAAACGAUACCCUAAACUCAGAGGAUAUGGAAACCGGAGAUAGUAGCAUCCCGGAACCGGCUGACGUACUUUCAGGCCGACGUGUGCAACGAAAUCCCUUGCUUUUGCCUCCUCGAUCGCGCUCCCCGAUGAAAUCAAACAUGUCCGGUUCCCCGAGAAGAACUCCAGGGAUCCGGUCGUCCUCUGUUGCCCAUUAUGGCCCAUCCUCCAGCCCUAUUUCUGCACGGCCAUCAGCCAAGCGUGCUCUUGACUUUUCUCAUGCGCCACGCUUGGCCAGGUCGCCUCCCGAUAUGCCUUUAGAAGCUGACGAACCUGCGGACUUCUCGGAUGACGGCAAUCAUUUAAUGGAUGAUGAAGCGGAGGAUACCCACUUUGCAGAGUCGCACGGAGAUUAUCACGAAGGCUACGAUAAUGUAGAUGGAGACUCACCAAACCCUCAGAAUCAAGAUGAUGACGACGAUGAGAAUGACGCACCAGUUGAGGACCCAGAGGACCCAGAGGAUACCGGAAGCGAACCUUCACCUUCAAUAAUUGCGAAAACGGUGGGGAGGAAGCGCAAGAAUGCUCAAUCAAAACCCAAAUCUUCAACCAGGACACAACAAGAACGUGAAGCGGAUUCGGAGCCAGCCCCUAAUGCAUCAGCUAAGCCCGCACCAAAACGACGAGGAAGAAAACCCAAAGCCGCAACUACAGAAGUAGAUCAUGAUGUCGAGGAGGACGCAGAUGGCUUCAGAGCACCCAAGAGAGCGAAAACAAGUGGUUCAAAGGGACGAUCCAACCUUCAUAUGUCCGUCGAACAAGAACAGGAGCUAAAUUCAGUUGUGGAGAACAUCACAAACCGAAAUGGACCACUGAAAAACCGAAGUUUAUAUAUACUUAAAAGAGAAACGCCCUCAGAUCAAUCCGCAAGGCAUACCCGCUCUGGUCGGGUAUCAGUACGCCCACUUGCGUAUUGGCGCAACGAACGGUGUGUGUAUGGAGAUGGGUCUGCGGAAGUUGGACAACGCUUCCCAUUAUCGACGAUUAAAGAAAUCAUUCGAACAGAAGAGCUGGAUACGAGAGUAGACAGGAAAGGGAAACAGUCAUCCAAGAAGAAAUCUAAAUCCAAGUCCAAAUCCAAAAGGUCUAAGGACGACCCAUCUGAUGAUGAGGAUGAGAUAGAUAACGCUGAGCCAUGGGAAACGGAAGAAGGGGUGUUUUACGGUCCAGUAAAGAAGUGGGAUCCAAAAACCCAGAGCGCCACGCAGGAAGAGGAAAUGAUAGAUGUUGCCUUUGCUCCUUCUGCAAUAGAAACGCAUGAAGUGAAGGAUUCCACAUUCCGAUUCGCGAAAAUACUCAACAACGUUUUUCUAGGUUCUGGAUUUGUUGAUAUGCCCCCUGGCGCUGUUAAAAGACAAAAGAACUCUAAGAAAAUGCACAUGGUUUUUUUUGUCUACCACGGCCGAAUACGGGUUGAUGUGUCAGGACUUCAAUUCAGCGCUGGAAAGGGGUGCGUUUUUCAAGUUCCCCGAGGAAAUAAUUAUAGUUUUGCCAAUGAUUAUGACAAACCCGCUGCGCUCUUCUUUACCCAGGGGUGUGUUCCCCAGAACAAGGAGGGUGAGAGUGAUAGUGCCGAGCCCACUUCUGUACCUGUAGAAGCACCUGUGCAGGCACCGGCUGGUGCAAAGAGAGGUAGACCGAGGCAGCAUUGAGCGCGCUUUUAUUUCGGUGAUUGUUGGUCUCUAGUUAGUAAUCAAGUGGUUGUUGGUAUGGUUAUGGGUGGAUGUGCUUGCUCACCCUAUUAUUUUUCUUACCUCAGUUCAGCGGAUACUCGGGGGUCGCAUUCUAUGUCGCUCGGGGUGUGCGGAGUACUCUCUACGCUCUAGCUUGACGCUGCAUUUAUGUCUGGCGUUUUGGUUGGCAUUGUGCAUUUCAGCAGGUUGUUGAGAUCUCAUGCCUUGUCGGAGAAGGUAUAUUUCGCGGCAUAAUUUAUUAUAUUCUAUUGAGAGUGUAUAUUUUUACCUGGUGUAUCAUCGAAAGAGCGUGUAUUUGCUUUGAUAUCUUUAUAUCCACGUAUAUUCCCCUAAAGCUGAGAGCAAGUAUUCGACCCUGCUGUGUGGUUUCUUAAUCAGCGAUCUCAAUCACAUGACCGUGUGUUGCUGCGGCCCGAGCACCAAAUCCCAACCACUCAUCCAAAACUAUCGUGAGGGGUUCAGACAAACGACCACUCCUCCUACGAACAACAUCCGGGGGGCUGGAUGUAUCAGUACAUGGGUAUUUUCAAGUGUGUGCUAUGAGCCAGUUAUCUAUCUGGAAUCUCCAUACCUAGUUGGCGUGAAGAGAUUCCUCUUUUACAGUGACGUCGUUUGGUUUUGCUCGAAUUUCCAGGAUUCCAGAAGAAAAGAGCCUGGUGAGAACAUCAAUUCCUUUCAGGCACCAAAGGACCCGUUUAUUGUGUGGAUGAGCCUUGUUCACAAACAAAGAAUGGAAAAGAGAGCUCCGUGACAGGCCCCUUCGAUUCUCAAGGUUCUCGACUCCCCCUACUCUCGCCCUGGCGGUCCAAUGGCGUCCAACCGUUCACCGCCUUUGGAGCAUAUGAGAACUAAGGCCAACUCACCAAGAAUACCAAGGAGAGAGGCCAGGACGUGCAGCAGCGCACAAAACAGUAUUUGGCUGAUUUUAACAAAAUUCCUUCCCACGAGUUAAGGGUGCAAUUGGCCUUCCAAAACCCUUUCCCGCCUCAACCGUGAUCAGCGGUAUCACGCAUAUGUAUGUCUAAGGGUUGACCGCUCUCGCCUUUUGGUUCUCUUCAUCGCUCGGUCUCUGCGUAAGAAACCGCCUCACGGUAAUUGAAUAGCGUGGGACUGUGGAUCAGGUUCGGUUAUGUACUAUACCGAUCCUGCAUGGCUUCGUUGGGCAUCUAUUAUUAUUCAAAACCCUACAUACAUGCCGUUCAAAUUUUCACAUCAUCUCUGUCCCGGGAAAGCCAGUUCAUGCCUCAUUAUUUGUUGUUAUUAUUUUUUACGAGGGCUUGGUCCACCGCCGCCGCUCAAGAAAAAGAAAAAGCAUGUUGCUAGCUCUCAAGUAGCAUUUACAUGUGCAUGAGUAGACUGGUGCAGCCUCACUAUGGUAAUGAUGCAUACUUUUAAACAAAAAAUGGGAGGGCGGACAAAAGUUGCCGAUAUCUUGAAAUUGUCGAGCUUUGGAUGAUGAGCUGGAUUAAAGAUACAGGCUCCUUUUUUCCCCUUCCGAGCCUUUCCACCCAAUCCUCCGAGGUGGACAUGUCGGAAAUCCAACAGACGGGAUGCAUGUUCCCCCUGUUCUGGUUCAUAUUCCCUGUUUCCUGACGAAUUGAGAGUCAGGUUCCAAAAGCGUGGCACCAUCAACGCACUUUGACAACUAACAAGGUUGUUUUCGAGUGCGCUAGACCUUACGCUGGUGGGAUGGCGCGAACUGCUGUCAUAUGAAAAAUGGACUGGUGAAAGUUCGCUCUGUUCUGUCAAGGCUGUAUGGAGAGCAUCCUCAACGUGGACACGGUGGCGGAGCGGAUGUCAGAAGGAAUUUGCUUCCGCAUCGUUGAGACUGGUGACAACGUAUCGGGGAUUCCACAUUUUAACCUUCAUGGUUCGUGCUUUCACGUCUGCAAACACUUUUUGGCUAGCUAUGGUGUUCGCUGGGGCGAUCAUCAACAUCAUCCUCCACCUCAUCCGCUUCCACCCCCGCUCGAGGGAUGAUGUCAAGUUUUUUUCGGUUCGUGGAAUCAUGGAUACUUUGAUUUUGCCGCAUUUGAUUUGACGCCCUCCGUUCUCGCAAUGCUCGUCUAGCACUAUCCGGAAACCAACUGCGUGAUUUGUCCACCUCAUCACGAAUGAAUUUGUCACUUUUAUUCCCAAGCCCCCCAAAAAGCCUGCAGGGUUGGCCUGCACCAGGAAAGAAGCCUCGUCUUGACAUGCACAAACAAGUCAGCAAACCGCAAUGGCUGCCUCCUGCCGUUCCCAAAAUAUUGGUUCGCCCAUCGGAUGAUGACGUCUCGACACUCCACGUUCCCCAGGCUUGUAUCAAAGUUCUUUCUCUUGGUGGAAACGUGGACUCUAACCAAAGGUGGGCUCGUUCAACUCUUUUACGACCAUGGCAGUUUGGAAAUUCUGGAGUAGAAAUAUUUUGCGAUUGCGACUGUUAUAAUAUUUCAUAUUCCUCUGAUGGUAAUAUAUAACAUGUUGCAAAUUGUAGCUUUAUGUUUUAUUAUUACUAUUAUUAUUACUUCGUUGACAUUCCGCUCCGUUGAAAAUUUGCUUUAAAAACUACUCUUGAUAUUAAUAGUACUAUCAAGCCGAUAAUGACAGCAAUAAGAGGCGUGGCAGGGUGAUCUUCUAUCAUGGUCAGCUGGUUCAAAAUAUAUUUGCCACCGACGAAUUCCUCUGGAAUCCUCAGCAGCCAUUCAUUCAUUGCCAGUGCUCCACUGGUUCGUCAGGUGCUGGGUUACCGUCGACGGUGGUCAUGCUCUACAUAAGCAUGAGCUUCUACAAAUGCACCCUAGGACGGGACAGGCCAAUGACGCUGCACAGUAAACAUUCCCUUCCUUCAGGGCACCAUACGUCGGAGGCACCUCCCUCCACCUCUCAUUCCAGCUGCGAAUUCUUUUCCCUCAACACAAGAGGUAUUUCUGUCGGGCGUCUACCGCCCCUUGACCAAGGUGAUUGAACUGGAAGGAGGCGGAAAUCAAAAUGACCAUAGUGAAUUAUUCGGCCCUAUAUCUGCCCGAAUAAUCAUACCCUAUGGAUUGUGCAGACCCCUUUGGGCCAAACGUUGCUGAACCCUAUUAAUACAAGGGAUAUAUAAUCAUAAAUGUGAAGCCCCUUAUUCAUUGGGGAAUACUGCCUCACCUCCCAGGUAAUCACAGCCAAAAAUAACUCCAACGACAGAAACGAGCCAUCAAUGAUGAAUCCAUGCUGCCAACAGGAGGAAAUCCGCCCAAUCAAGUCAAGACCAUGUACAUGUACAUACAUAUCCUUCUUUCGGCCUGAAACACCGGUGCCCUUCACAAUCGUUACAAAGGCAACCCCUGAAGACAAAAAAAUUCCAUAAGUGUAGAUACUAUAUUGCGGUAUGGUAUAUACAUAAUAACGAGGCGAGAGUGACGAGAAGUCUAGAUCCGUCAUCCUUGGCUCGAAUUCGACGAGGGAUCGAUCAUAUUGGUUUUUUCUGGUUUAAAUAAUAAUAGUAUCGAUUCUAGCCCCUUUAUAAUCGCAACAAUUGGUUGGAAAUCCGACGGGGUUUUUUUAGGAUGAUACGGAGGAAAUCAGGAAAAUAAUAAAAAAUAAAUAAAACAAAAAUAAAAUAAAAAAGAAUCGACCGACGCAGGACUCGA